AUAGUUUAGGAUUUAGUGCAAGUGUUGUGUUGCGUUGUGUUGCCGGUGCCGAUCGUCACGUCUAAUUGAAACCUGUUUUCUAAAAUUAAUAGUCUACAUAUCAUUUUACUGCAUGGACAGAGAGAUUAUCCGGUGGUACCUGUACAGGCUGUAGCCUACAUCAUACAUGCACAAAACAAUGUUAUGAACAAUCAGUCAUCAAUAUGGACACGGCCACAGACUACGACUGGCUCUUUCCCAGGGGUCAGUUCUCCCGCCAAGCCAAGAUCCUGGAGACACAUCUUCUGUAUUCAGGAAGUCUGUCGGCCAGAUCACAGGGUGCUGAUAUCCUACGGAAAACGCAUCUACCCUCAUCCCACCACCAGCUGAGAACAUCACACAAAGAACACCCGAUUGCCAGUCAGUCUCUGAUGACAGUUGCCAAGAGGGACCUGGUCCGAUUGUCGGCAACACAUGUCUUGCCUGUACCCCUGGAGAACGGACUUUUUCCAAGGCCCGAAGAUGGCCUACUAAUUAGCAAGCUUCAGCAUGAUCUUAGCAAGAAAGAAAGAGAGGUUUUAAAAGCCUCCCAGGGCCUUCAGAAGGAGACCCUUGAGGGGGUAAAACUGAGAGGUGAAAACCAAGUACUCGGACAACAGUUAGAGCAGACAUCGGCACGGAUUGGGCAGUUAGAAGCCCAACUUGGACUGCAGGACAGGAAAUUAGCAUCCAGGGAAAAAGCAGUUGCCGAGCUCAACCAGUUCCUCCAUGAAACUGCCGAGAAGCAGUCUCAGGCUCGGGCAACCCUCAAGGUUCACAUGGAGGAGUUAAUUGAGCGAGCGGAGAGUGCGGAGAAGGAGGUUGUGACCCUGCGGAGUGUGAGUCACACACCUCGCAGUCUGCAACCUGCUGGCUCCAUGGGCACACUUGGUAGCGAUGACACUGGCGUAUAUUUCAGGAGUAGACGUGAUCAGGAUCAGAUUCAUCCUAAAGGCCGUCAAGAACUUCACGUCCCAACUUGGAACGCUAGCACUUUGCAGUCUUCGAACCAUUCCAUUCAACCAGUCAAUGAUUGGUCAUCCCCAAGGGAUUUUAGUCCUGAUCAUCUGCCAUCCAGCUCCUCUGACAUCCAGACAUCAGCUCGAUAUUCUACAAAUCAGUAUCCAGAGUUGGGUAUCGGCCCUGCGGUAUUGGACCAUGACUCUGAUGGGAACCGACUAUUGGCAGUUAUCAAUGCUGAUUCUGGUGUGGGAUCCUUCUGCAGCGGGAACCAGCUAAGUGCAGCUGGCAGCACUGCCCAACUCACCUCAAAAUCACGGCCACAUUCAGAGAAGGGUGUGGUCCCUUAUCGCAUUCCCCAACAGCAAAGCAGUCGCAAUCUUCUGGACAAAUCUCAAAGCUUUACAAAUGGCCCAGAGCAAAUUACCAACACACAAGGAGCCUGUGCAAGCAGAGAAAGUCUCCAAGCGGAGUCCUUGAUCGAGCCAACGAUGAAUCCCGCCCUCCUUCAGUCUAGCCCUGCCCACCAGAGUCCUGGCAAUCCAGCCAUAAGCAACAGACCCUGGGACCUGAACUUCUUAACGGGGGUAAUGGAAGAUGUUUUGAAAAACCGAGAAGCCAAAAAACGACUUGAAAUGAGUAAUCCAUCCAGGGCUGGUCAACAGCAACUUAACCAAUCAAAUGUGAACUCUGUAUCCACCGGCCAAUCACAUUCACCGGUUCAGGCAUACAGGCCAGAUGUUACACCAUCACCUUUGAGCCAUCAUUGGUCCAGUAGUGAUUAUGAUGAUGAUGAUGAUGAUGAUGAUGAUGAUGACACAGAUGAAACAAAUUCAGCCAAACAGCAAAUCCACCAUUCAAACCGGCCAGUGAGAUCAAACGUGAGGGCACCCUCUGCGCAGGCUCCCCAUUGGCAGGUAGUCUGGCUGUCUGUGUUUGCCUAUCUCGAUACAGAGACUCUACUCACGUGUGCUGAGGUGUGUCGUGGGUGGAGAGCAGUCUCCAAACACCCAUCACUGUGGCAGAGAGUACGCCUAGCCAACCACAAGAUCUCAUCCAAGUUCCUACAGACUAUCUCCCAAUGGAGCAAAGGGCUGCAACAGCUUCACUUAGAAGGUCUGAAGCCACGGAGCAGGGCUCAAGGAGAAAGCAGGGAAAAAUAUGCUAAAAGCAUUCGGGGUAGUCUGGAGCCGGGCUUGGAGUACAUGUUGAUUGCAGCUGGAGCCGGACUCAUCACCUUAAAAAUAGUGGACUGUUCUAACAUUUUGACUGAGAGGAGUCUGUUUCUGGCCAGCUGUUAUUGUCGCAAUCUGUACAGUCUGACAUACAUCAGCCAGACUGACCCCAUUGGUCAUGAGGUCAUAUGGGCGUUAGGAGCUGGCUGCCGGAAUAUAGCAUCCCUCAAAGUCCCACCACGUCAACCAUGUCAUCAGCACCAGCGACUUAGCAACCGAUGCUUGCAGAUGAUUGGCCGAUGUUGGCCGCUACUGCUCGCGCUCAGUGUGGGUGGACCAAGCAUUGAUAUCAAUGGACUCGUCUCUGUUGCCCGUAACUGCCCAAGACUGCAAGUCCUGGAAUUAGACCAUCUGCCUGAGGUCACAGAGGUCAUUGCCGUGGCGAUGUGCCAGGCUGGCUUGAGAGGUCUACAUACUCUAAUUCUCAGAAACACUCUUAUCAGUCCGGCUGCCAUUAUGCAGUUCAAUGGUGCUUGUCCGCAGUUGAAAUCGCUGUCUGUGUACCUCAGUCCCAGCAUCUGUGGUGGAGACAACAGAGACUUCCACAAUAUUGUCUCAAGGCUCAGGGCUUUAACCAAAAGACGAGUCUUGUCUGAGGUUCUGCAUGUUUUCGCCAAAUUCAACUAAAGCUGCAACUAUAAAUGCAGAGUCCCACAGCCUACAAAAGGAUUUCUGAAUGAUUGACUUCCAAAUGUUCCAAGGAUAAAGCUCCCAUGGAGGCAGGGUUUCCAAGAGUCCCAGGAAGAAAUUCCCAAGGCUAGACUUCUGGAAGUUUAAUAGUAAGGGAAAUCUUCUAUAAAGACAGGAUUUUCUACGAGUCCAGGACAAGGUUUCCUAAGGGUAGACUUGGGCAUGUUCCAUAAAGAAAAGGCUCCUUAAUACGGCACUGUUCCUAGAGUUCUGUUAUGGAAAACUUCCAUGAAACUUCCAUUCAGGGUCUAGUUGUACGUAUGUAAUCCCAGCAAAAUAAGGUGAAAUGUGAACUCUUUGAAUUAAUAUGCAAGGUCUGACAAUUGAAGUUCAGAAUGUGCAAGUUAAUUUACAUUGCCAAUACAGGGCGAGUAAAAAAAAAACGCAA